UCUGUUUUUUAGAGAGAGAGAGAGAAAAUCGAGUUGUGUGAUUUUGGUAAGAACACAUCAACUACUUACCCCCUCCUAUUUUAAUGUCCUCACCCAUAAAAACGGCCUCCAUAUCCUCCUCCUCCUCCUCCUCCUCUCCCCCCUUCCCUCCAGAGAUUCUCAGUCUCGCAGUUCGACUUUGCCGCCGCCGCUGCUGCCUUGGUCGAAUUUCCCUUCUCCAUGGAAGGCGAGCUCCAUGACUGGGAAUUGCUCCACAGCUCCGACUCCGACUCGGUCGACAACCCUAGGAGCCUCGACGAGAUCGAGGAUGAAUCCGGGGGCAUGAUCCGGCCCGAUUACUUCUCGAUCGACGGCUCCACCAGGUACCCCAGGGCCGCCUCCAGCGACCCGGGCGACUCCGUCCACUCCGACAACCCCAGCUGGAUCGAUCCCGGCUCCGACACUCGCUAUCUGCGGAAGAACUCGGGCGAGUUCUGGUCCGACUCCGGCAGCGACCUCUCCGACGAGCGCAAGCUCGGGGAUUUCGUCCCCAAGGGCGAAUUCGUCGCGGCUGCGGCUGCGGCUGCGGGGGGCGCGAAGGCCCCCGCGGAGAUGGAGGCGGCCGGGGGAUUUGGGGGGAAGAGCGAGAAGUCGGCUUUCGGGUUGGGCGAGUUCGAUUUGGGCGAUUUGGGCGUCAAGGACGAGUUUGGUUUCUCCGGAAGUGCCAAGAAGCAGGUCGGUGUUGGUGAAAUUCAAGGUCUCGGCGAGGAUUCUUCUCCUAAGUUCUGGUCUGCUUCGGGUGGUGAGGGAUUGGCUGCGAUGAAACUUGGGGAGGACAUGAGCAGGGAAGAGGUAUUGGGGGUUGGAAAUGAUCAGGCGCCGGAGGCAGAGGGUGGGAACGAAGCAGCCGAGGACGAAAGCCUCGCCAUCAAAGCGGCGAAGCCGGAGGGUGAUGAAGAUAAAAGAAGAACAGUCUGGUGGAAGGUGCCUUUUGAGCUGUUGAGGUACUGUGUGUUUAGGGUCAGUCCCUUUUGGUCGCUCUCUGUAGCUGCUGCUUUUAUGGGAGUUGUCAUCCUGGGAAGGAGGCUGUACAAGAUGAAGCAGAAGACCCGCACUUUGCAGCUGAAGGUUACAGUGGAUGACAAGAAGGUGUCCCAGUUCAUGAGUCGUGCAGCACGUCUCAAUGAAGCGUUUUCAGUGGUGAAACGCGUCCCCAUUGUGCGGCCCUCACUUCCUGCGCCUGGUGUUGCUGCAUGGCCUGUCAUGAGUUUGCGAUAAAAGGGUUUGAGAUGGUCACAAGAAGCAGCAGUCUGUUCACAGGGAAACUCUCUAGAGUGCAUUGUCGUGUUUUUAUUGGUAUGCGUUGUAUUGAUGUAAGUGGUACGACUGUUCGUGUAUAAUCUCUCAAAUUUGUCUGUCUGGGCUUGUUUAAGAAGAUAUCGGACCUUGUGGGAGUUGACAUUAAAUUUUUUUUUUUUUGCUGUGCCUUUUCUAGGGGCAUGUACUCAUGUAAUUAUGGUUCUGGUGAAUAUGAAUGAUAAAUCUAAUGAAACCAUUUCAAUGUGAGGUACACCACAUGCCCACGAUUCA